GCAUGAAGUAAAACAAUAUAAAGCUCAUAUUUAAAAUAUUGAUGAGUUAUAUACAUAUAAAACCAUAUGUGAUUAAAUAUCCAAACAGUUAAACAGCCAUGUUAAGACUGUAUCACCAUACACAGCCUAAUUUCCAGCAAUGUGCGUUUGUUUUUGGGUUUUUUUAAUCAGUAAUGCGUGCAAUUGCAUUCACCAAUGCAAGCAGUAACAGUGCAUAUUUUGUUAAACACAUUUGAACACAAAUUAAGUUGCAGAGAGGUUUAUUAGGGUACAGCUGCAACUCUCCAUAGACUAAUAAUCAUAAUAAUAGUGAAGUUCGUCUCUGCUAAUAUGGCGAGGGCUUUGACGUCAGAAAACAGUUAGCAACAGCGGCUAAGGCGUCGGCUGUUCACUGAGGUAAGUGAUCCUAACCAAUUAGAAUAGACCAGCGUGACAUGACAGCCAAUAGGAACACAGGAUUUAGAUAUGAUAAUUGUACCAACAAUGGCGGCGGAAGGAGAUUUUCUGACGCGUUAUCGCGCAGUGUCAAACAAGCUGAAAAAUUUGUUUGUUUUUUUCAUUUUCAAAGACGUUUUCUUAGGAAGCCUAACGUCGCAGAAGCAAGUGAGCAGUUUGGGCAGUUGGCUAAAGAGCUCAAACAGCAGGACUGCCUUCAGUAUGCAGCCUUCUGUAAUUUGGCAAUGGCUCGGUGUGAGCAGACUCUCUUCAAUGCCCCAGGGGAGGCUCUAGCUCUGACUGAUGCUGCCCGACUCUUUCUAGCCUCUGAGCAGGAGACCCGAGCUCUGCACGCCCCGGGAUUUGAUGAGCAUCUGCAGGCUGCACUCAACUGCUACAGCUUUGCCAUAAAGGUUUAUAUUGAAAUGAAUCAGCCGGUCAUGGCUGCCAGUCUCUCCCUUGAACUUGGAAAAGCACUCAAGGAGAUGAAUAAGCCAGGUGAGGCUAUCAUGCACUUUCAGAGAGCUGCAGAGCUUCAGUCACAGAUGCCUAUUGAGGCUUUGUUGUCUUAUGGAGAGAUGGCUUCCUGCAAAAUACUGAGCCGUGAUUAUGACGGUGCGCUGGCUGUCCUUUCGGAAAUGCAGGCCAUGUGUCAGGAAAGAGGGCUGCAGCUUCCUGGAACAAAUACCCCUGUCGGUGUGUUUAUGGAUAUAGUAGCCAAGUGUGAAAUCUCCAGAGUACUUCUGCUCAUGCUGCUUGAGCCUCCUCCACAGAAGCUAUUGCCAGAGCACGCACAGACACUAGAGAGGUACGCCUGGGAGUCUUUUGACUCGCACAGUCAAGUUAACUUCCUUACAGAAGAUGUCUUCCUCCUCUUGCAGUCUGUGGUGAUGGCAUGUCAGGAAAAAGAUAUUGAAUCUCUCAAAUCUCUCCAGACAGAAUUAUGGCCUCACCUCUCUGCUGAACAGAAUCACCUCUUGCAUCUCAUUGUGCAGGAAAGAAUGAGCCCCUCUGGUCAGGGGGUUUAGUUCAUAUCUACACACAACCAUGAGGAAUCACUCAGUGUCUGCUUCCACUGCCUGGUGUGUCGUGUACAGAAAGACUGCACUAAGGCUAUGGCAUAGCUAGAACUGAAUAUUCGUAUUACACUUGAAUAUUUUAUUUCUUAAUGUCGUCCUCCAUUAAUUUUCAUUGCACUUUACUAUUUUUAUAAUUUUUAGUAUUUACUGUUAUAUUAAAUCUGUUGUGCAUUCGAUGUAAAUAAAUUCAAGCAUUUAAUCA